CGUUUCCGAACCGGCGGUAACGACGCGCGUCACACGGCGCAGCGGCACCGCUCGCUGCCUCCCGCGCCGCAAGGGGGCGCCGGCGGGCACCGCGGCACCGGCAACGGCGGCGGCAGAGGAAGAUGGCGGCGGCGGCCUCCGAGCAGCAAAGUUCUAAUGGCCCGGUGAAGAAGUCUAUGCGAGAGAAGGCUGUGGAGCGCAGGAACGUUAAUAAGGAGCACAACAGUAACUUUAAAGCAGGAUACAUUCCAAUCGAUGAAGACCGUCUCCAUAAAACAGGCUUACGUGGCAGGAAAGGCAACUUGGCCAUUUGUGUGAUUGUUCUUCUUUUUAUUUUGGCCGUCAUCAACCUUAUUAUAACACUGGUUAUCUGGGCAGUGAUUCGAAUCGGUCCCAAUGGUUGUGACAGCAUGGAGUUCCACGAGAGCGGCUUGUUGCGGUUUAAGCAAGUUUCUGACAUGGGCGUUAUACAUCCCUUAUAUAAAAGCACCGUAGGAGGGAGACGUAAUGAAGAUUUGGUGAUCACUGGAAAUAAUCAGCCUAUUGUGUUUCAGCAAGGAACAACCAAGCUUAGUGUGGAAAAAGACAAAACUUCUAUUACCAGCGAUAUUGGCAUGGAAUUUGUUGACCCACGGACACAAAAUACCUUGUUCAGCACAGACUAUGAAACUCAUGAGUUUCAUCUGCCAAACGGAGUUAAAAUCUUGAAUGUACAAAAGGCCUCCACAGAAAGGAUUACCAGCAAUGCAACCAGUGAUCUCAACAUCAAGGUUGAUGGCCGUGCUAUUGUCCGUGGAAACGAAGGUGUUUUCAUCACAGGCAAGACCAUUGAGUUUCGAAUGGGGGGUAACAUGGAACUUAAAGCAGAAAACAGUAUUAUCCUGAACGGAACCGUGAUGGUCAGCCCAUCACGACUGCCAAGUUCAUCUUAUGGGGAACAGUUCAAUAACGGCAACUGGCUGCGUUUCAAGCUCUGCAUGUGUGCGGAUGGGACGCUGUUCAAGGUUCAGGUGACAGGUCAUAACAUGGGUUGUCAGACUUCUGUCAAUCCGUGUGGAACCACGCACUAAAACCACUACCAGGAGAGUUCUCUCUUGUGUUUACAUAUAUUUGUAUGAAGUAAUUGCAUGUCUUCAAGGAUUUCUGGUUUUACAGCAGUUUAUACUAACACUUAUUAUAUAAUACUUUUAAGCAAAGGCUGUUACGUUCAGCAGUAUUACGGCAUCAUCCUGUCAGCCAUAACAGCGACACCGAUUCAGCAAGCUUUCAGUCUGCAUGCAUACUGAAGUACCUUCCUGAAUUGGGAUCAGUAGAAUAUAUUUAAAGAAAGUGAUCUUAGCAACAGUCUCGAUUGCCUUCAGUUGCCUAUAAAGGAGCUUCUUGUUGUAUUUCCCAAGACCUUGAGGGCUGCUGAGAACACAACUGCUAUCUGAAUUACUUCAACAGGAACGUGGAUUUGUUGUUUGGAAGUGGAUUUGCCUGGGAUGGCUGAAGAGGCAAAUUUUUGUCUUCGUUUCUUUCCAAAGGCUGAUGUAAUAAUUUCCCCCAAAUCAUGUGGUUUACCAUGUGUGUACUAAGAGAGGGGUAAUGGCAGAUUCGCUUUAAAAUAUUGCAUUAUUUCUGCCAUAUAUCCUCAUGUAGUUAAAGAAAAAAAUUACGUUAGCACAAAUAAUAUUUGCAAAUGAAUACCAAGUGUGGAAAUGUAACUUUAAUUUUGAAAUAGCCUUGCGAUUAUGGAAGUGUUGCUUGAGCUCCUGUUCUAUUUGUGCAGUUCAGGGAUUCUACAGUUGCUUAAUUUAUGUGAAGUAUUUAUAAAGUGUGUGUGUAUUAGAAGUAUAUCUUUUAAAGAUGUACUUAUAACUUGCUCACUGCCCAAAAAAAGUAUUUUCCUGGGUGUGAACAGUGUCUGAAUUCAUUAUUCAACACGUAGUAAUCUGAAGCAUGACUGUAAGCAGCAGCAUCUGAGAUCAGAUCUCCUUUUUCCCAUAAAUGUCAGUACUGAUGUAUUAUUGAGAAACUCAGAAUUAAAUUCUGAAGUUAAAAUGCAGGUCUAUAAUUCUUAAUGUGAUGGUAUCAAUCCUGUGACAACAGCAUAAAUCCAUGUGUCAACAGUGAAACUGUUUGUGGCAAACUGGGACCUUACAGAAACUCUUACAGCUUUGUAACUGCCUUUGCAGAGGGAAGGUGUUGUGUACUAAAAGUAGAUCUGCUCACUGUAAGUUUCCCACUCCUCCCUCCCCAUGUGUUUUCUCCCGUUUAAAAUAGUUUUGUUUUGCAGUAACGUCAAGUAACCUUAAUGGAGGCCACAAAGGUGACUUUCCAAGUAGUUUUUUUACAAGUUUUUCUAGAUAAGCACACACUUCUCUUCCUAACAGUUGAGCAAAUGUUACAUAUUAACUUCAGAAUUGGUCAUUUGCUAGGGGAAGAUAAACUAUUUACCCUUGUUUUAUAGCUCUCACAGUACAUAAAAUUCCACAAACUACAAAUCAGCUCCUGCUGCAACAAGAACUUUGUGGUAUUUCCUGGCAGUCAGUCUGUGCUCAUGCAGGAUGUGUAGGGGUGGAAGUGAUUUCUAGCGGGGCAUCCUUAGGUCAGGCAUUAAGUGACAUGAGAGCCCAGAGGGUCACGUCUCCCUCAUUGCUCUACAGCAAAAGCCAGAUUUUGAUGCUCGGUAGUUGCUGGGGCCUGUGGGGGUGGACAGCAGUGCUGUUCUAACGAAAUCAGAAUAAACAGUUUAAAAUGUAGCAAAAGCCUUUGAAUUGCACAGUUUAAAGCUUAUGGGAAGGUACCACCAUUUUGCAUACUGCCUUCAUGAACUUCACAGUUUUACUGCAGUUAAUAUUUCUUAACCACUUCAAGACACAUUUUGCUGAAAACACACACACAUCUUUGCUGCCAAGUAAUGCCCCAAUUAGUAUCUGUUACAAUUAAGAGGAGGAAAUAAACUAUAACAUUUUUAGAAUUUUCACUCUUGCUAAUGGAAGUUUGUCACUUUUAUAUAUAUAAAUACACGCAUACCUAUAAAAAUACGAGCAGAAAUUCUUCAAAUUCAAAUUCUUGAAGCUGAAAUAGAUCUUGAAAAUGACAGAUACUGCCUCAGUCAGGCAGAUUAGACAGGAAGAGCACAGUAAAGCUCACUGGUUAAUGCUGCUAUACCUUUACUAGUAUUGGGUUGUUGCCGUUAUCAAGAGUUCUGUUUACAAUACUGUACGCAGCGUAGCUGAGGGAUGUGUCACAAAGGUACUCGUAAAUCAUGGUCUGGAGAACUGGUUUUCAAGUGUGGAUUUUUUUGCCAAAACUUAGCAAAACCAAUCAUACAAAUACCAAAUGAAAUAAAUUAUCAAUUUGUUUGACGCUAUUUAUGUAUUGUUAAUAUAUUUUGUUGCCUUCUUUACUCAGUUUGAGAAAUCUUGGCACCACAUAUGCCCUGCGUUGUGCAUUUAUUUGUGUUUAUAUUCUAACUGCCUAAGGUACAUUUUUCUAUGCGUAUUUUAAACAUCGUGUGGCACCUUAUUUCAGUCUCACAGAUGCACUUAAGAUUCUGUGUGUUUAAAGUACAUUCUACAUGCCUCCGUGUAAAACAACGUAUAUGUGAAGAGUUGUCACCAUAUGGAAAGCUGGUGGUUGUUUGAAUAGGUGAAAGACAAUUGAAUUUCUAGUCUUUGUUUUGAAAAGAAACAAUAAAUUCUAACAUGCA